AUGGAGGACACCCAGCAGAAAGCUGCUACCCCGGAGCCGAGCCCUGCACCCAGUCCUGCACCCAGUCCUGCUCCCAGUCCCGUCCCCAGCCCACUGCUGGACAGAAUCCCUCUGCCUUCUGCAAACCAUGUGGAGCACCUAAACGUGAACCAGAUACAGGUGGUGGUACGGCGCUGCUCGACCCCAAACGUCACUGAGGAGACCACUUAUUUUAUUCCUCGCAACCCUGUAGUGGACGCAGGCACCAACACCGACCCCCCAGUGGUCUGUUGCCCUUUGCUCCACAGGUUUUGCCCCUGUCCACCAAGAGGCCUCUUUGCCUCUCUUAUUACUAAAGUGCUGUUGGCAGCUGUGCUCUUCGGAGUGGUUUGGUCCGUCACGGAGGAGGAAUGCCUUCCAGGAGGAAAUCUGUUUGGCAUCACGGUGCUCUUCAUCUCUGCACUCAUCGGUGGGAAACUGGUGUCUCUCAUCCGUCUGCCCAGCCUCCCGCCGUUUCCACCGCUGCUGGGUAUGCUGCUGAUGGGCUUCGCGUUGAGAAACAUCCCAGUCGUAACAGACAAGGUUUACAUCAACUUCAGAUGGUCUGGGUCUCUCAGGAAUAUCGCUCUGGCUAUCAUUCUGGCCAGAGCUGGCCUGGGGUUGGAUCCAAAGGCGCUGAAGAAACUCAAAGCUGUGUGUGUCCGUGUGGCAUGUGGACCCUGCUUGAUUGAGGCCUGCACUGUUGCUCUGGUCUCUCACUUCCUCCUGGGCCUGCCCUGGGUGUGGGGCUUCAUCCUGGGGUUUGUGUUGGGUGCCGUCUCUCCAGCUGUGGUGGUGCCCUCCAUGCUGCUGCUGCAGAAAGAGGGAUACGGAGUGGAGCAGGGCAUUCCCACCCUGCUGAUGGCUGCAGGCAGCUUUGAUGACAUUCUCGCGAUCACAGGCUUCACCACAUGCUUGGGCAUGGCUUUCGCAACAGGAUCCACUUGGUACAACCUCCUCCGAGGCGUCCUGGAGGUGGCUGGAGGGAUGGUGGCUGGAAUUCUUCUUGGCUUUCUCAUUCAGUACUUCCCCAGUGUUGACCAGAAACACGUGGUAAUGAAGCGCUCCUUCUUCGUGCUGGGUCUGUCUGUCUUCGCGGUCUUCGGCAGUGACGUUGCAGGCUUCCCCGGCUCCGGAGGCCUCUGCACUCUGGUGUUGGCUUUCCUGGCCGGCCUCGGCUGGGGAGCGGAAAAAGAACGGGUGGAGGAGGUGGUGGGAUGGGCGUGGGACGUGUUUCAGCCUCUCCUCUUCGGACUGAUCGGAGCAGAAAUCCGACUCUCUCAGCUGGACGGACACACAGUCGGUCUGGGAAUCGCCUCCCUGCUCAUCGCUCUGCUGGUUCGAGUGCUGUUCACCUUCGUCUGUGUAUUGUGCGCGGGCUUUAGCAUGAAGGAAAAAAUAUUCAUCGCCCUCGCAUGGAUGCCCAAGGCAACAGUGCAGGCAGCUAUAGGCUCCAAAGCUCUGGACAUGGCCCGGGCAAUCAAAGACGACCAGCUGCAGAGGUACGGCAUGGACGUGCUGACCGUAGCCGUGCUCUCCAUCCUCCUGACGGCUCCGGUAGGCGCUCUGAUCAUAGGGCUCUGUGGACCUCGCCUCCUCCAGAGGCCCAAGAGCGCCGUCAGUGGUGAGCGAGUCAAACCCAAUCUGUCAGCUUUUUUCUUAGGCACCGCAGCAGGAGCCGAAGAUGACAAUGAAACCCCCGUCACAUACGAGAGUACGCUCUGAUGACGACCGUCAAGUGGAGAAGACGUGUAAAGAGACUCCUGACUCUUCAGACGUUUCAGCUUUACUUUAGCCACCGAGUGGCUCUCUUUGUCUCUGCAGGUCAGCUCCUGAUAUUCGCCAUCCUGCAGGAAUCCAUGAAUCACUCUGUAUUUAUAGCCCCGGGUGGUUUCUCGGCCCUUGUGCUCCAAACAAACGACCCACAUCCCGCUGUCUGCUCCGGCUCGCUGCCGGGGACAGUUCAGGGAAAACACACUUGAUGCAAAACAUACUUUAACUUAUGUUGCAGGGACAUGACUCAGCAAUCCAGUCUACAUUUUUAUGAUUACUUUUCCUAAUUUAUUGUAUUUUCAUUUAAAAAAAACUUCUUUUUUUUAAACAGUUUUCUUUUGUGGCUGUGAAAUUGAAUGUUUUGAUAUUACCACUGUUUUGUUUGGUUUAGACGCCAUAGAACAAUUCUAGUCAUUACUUUUUAUAAAGAUGUGUGUUUGUGUGUAAAUUUAUUAUUUUUUUUAUGUGAGAUUAGCGACAUGUGUUGGUGAUAAGGAUUUAUGUAGUUUACACUCAGGAAAAAAAAAAUCAUGAUAAUCCACAAGGUUGGUUUCUACACAACGCUGCUAAGAGUAAAACCGGUCGUCUAAGCUUUAUGUCCACUGUCUGUCUGGAGACAACUGUCAGAAAUCCUCAGUAUCCAUGUA